GUCAUUUACAUACUUUAUGACUCCAGGUAAAAGGUAGCGGGCAGCCGUGAGAGAGAGGUAGCGUGAGAGAGAGAAAGAGAUGGUAAAGAGUUUCUUUUUGAGUGAGUUGUAAGGCCCAGCAGUUAAAACUGGUCAAACCUGUCUUUAGGCCUCACAGAUGUGCUGAUGGGUGAGGAUCAAACAGCUUGGAGGGUUUAUUAAGUGGGCCAGUUGCCAUAGCGACGCUAAGGCAAGCUAUUGCCAGGAUAAGCCAUAAUGGGUCUCUUGACGCAAUUCUCUCUGCUCCUUUGGAAGAACUUCAUUCUCCGGAAGAGACAAAAGGUGCGACUGGUCGUUGAAGUGAUAUGGCCUCUGUUUCUCUUCAUCAUACUGGUGUGGGUGCGGUCCACUAAUGAGCCAAUUUACCAAGGCCAAUGUCACUACCCAAAUAAAGCCAUGCCAUCGGCUGGUGUGCUGCCCUGGCUUCAGGGUAUGCUCUGCAACAUCAACAAUCCAUGUAUGAACUACCCAACACCAGGGGAGACACCAGGCCAAGUCAACAACUUCAACAAUUCCAUAAUUUCUGGAGUGUUGAUAGAGCUGCAAAACCUCCUGGUGAACAGAUCUAUUCUAACGAAGACGCAGUUGCUGGCUGAUAACAUCGACCAGUGGGCUUCAGUCUUGUCACAGUCUAAUCCUAGUAAUGAUCAACCAGUGACUCUGAGGAGUGUCCUGAGGGACGAGGAGACUUUCUCCACGCACCUUCGAGAGAAUUUGUCUGUGCCAUCAACAGUUGCUCAGAGCCUCAUGAAUGCAUCAAUUAACAUCAAUCCACUCAUAGGCAUUCCAAGUCCAGGCAACUUGAGGACAAUUCUGUGUGAGGGGACGGAUCUGGAUGAGUAUGUCCAAUUUCGCAGCCGAGCUGAAAAAGAGGCUUUUCAGAAUGUCAGCUGCUCCCUCACUCAACAGCAGCUGAUUAACACCCAGCAAGUACUCCUGCAAAAUCUGGAUGUGAGGAAGGUGCUUUCUGAGCUGUCUUCUCCUAUGGACCUGAAUGCAGUAGAUAGAACAACCCUGAUAGUGAAUACUACUCGAAAUGCACUGCCUGUAUUCGAGGAGAUGGCCAGGUUAGAGAACUCCGAGGUCUUUCAAGCGGCUCGUUCGUUGGAUUUCCGAGAGGACAUGAUUGGCAGUUUCAAUAUGCUACUGUGUGGAAAGCAGCCUGACUUCAAUUUCACCAAUAUGACCCUAAGCUUCCAGUCACCUAGACAAACAGCUGACGAACAGUCAAUCUUCGUUACAGGCAACAGUUCUGAGGCUUUCUGCCAAACCCUUGUUGACACUCUGGAGAACACACCUGGACUGCGCAACGUUUGGAGCACCUUCAAGCCGUUAGUGCUUGGAAAAGUCCUCUACACACCUGAUACACCUGCUACUUUCCUCAUUGUGAACAAAGCAAACGGCACAUUCAACGCCUUGGCUCAAUUAAAAGAGCUUGCUGAUUUAUGGGAGGAACUUGGCCCACGUGUCUACGAUAUCCUUCAAGAUAGCCCUCAAGUGAAUGCAUUACGGGCUCUGCUGGCGAACCCUGCGUUUGCUGCUGUCCUCAACCAGCGUCUCGAAGACACUGGAUGGACGGCCGAGCGGCUCGCCAACUUCCUGUACAAUGGGCCUCCUGAGGAUCGUCCACCUGGUAUGGAUCCCUACGACUGGCGUGAUGUUUACAACACAACUACUCAGUUGCUGGAGCUUCUCUCAACCUUCCUUGGUUGUUUGGACCUGAAUAAGUUUGAGGCAGUCCCCAGUGAAAGCCAGCUGGUGAACAAAGCACAGGAUCUUCUGAAGAACGACACGUACUGGGCCAGUGUUGUCUUUGAAAACCUCCAGCCGAACUCCAGCCACCUCCCUCCUCAUGUCAAAUACAAAAUCCGCAUGGACGUGGAUGAUGUUGAGCGUAGCGACAAAGACAAAUCCAGGUCAUGGUCUCCUGGGGCUCGAGACAACUCCAUUAACGACCUGCGCUAUAUAUGGGGAGGCUUUGCCUAUCUGCAGGAUAUGAUGGAGAAUGGCAUUAUACAAGUGCAGACGCCAAAUACCCAACCCCUUGGUGUUUUCGCCCAGCAGAUGCCAUACCCUUGUUACGUGGAUGACGUGUUCCUCCGGUCUCUGGCACGCUCCCUCCCCUUAUACAUGACGUUAGCUUGGAUCUACUCAGUGGCCAUGAUCGUAAAGAGCAUUGUUGCAGAGAAAGAGGCUAGGCUGAAGGAGACCGUGAGGAUCAUGGGCCUGAAAAGUGCCAUCUAUUGGUUGAGCUGGGCAGUGUCCAGUGUCGUUCCACUUGCUUUAAGUGCUCUCUUCCUUGCCCUCAUACUAAAGUACGGGAAAGUGCUGCAGUACAGCGACCCCUCAGUAAUCUUUGUCUUCCUGCUGGUGUUCUGUGUGGUCACCAUCACUCAGUGCUUCUUCAUUAGCGUCUUCUUCUCCAAGGCCAACUUAGCAGCGGCGUGUGGCGGCCUCAUCUACUUUGUCCUCUAUCUGCCGCACAUCCUCUGCUAUGCCUGGAGGGACGUCAUGGGUUUCCCGGCCAAGGUUGCUGUGAGUUUAUUGUCAUGCGUGGCCUUUGGCUACGGCUGUGAGAACUUUGCCAAGUAUGAGGAGCAGGGCAUCGGCAUUCAGUGGUACAACAUUAACCAGAGUCCAGAAGAUGGGGAGCGCUACACCUUCUUGCUGUCCAACAUCAUGAUGCUUUUUGAUGCUGCCUUGUACUGGACACUCACCUGGUACAUUGAGAAUGUCUUUCCAGGACAAUAUGGAAUCCCUAAGCCGUGGUAUUUCCCCUUCACUGCAUCUUAUUGGUGUGGCAAAGCCUCAACAACCAGUGUUGACCCCGGUUUUCCAAAGGACUUCACUGAACAGAACGAAUAUCUGGAGAAACCACCACCCAAUAUGAAGGCAGGGGUCUCCAUCCGCAAUCUUGUCAAGAUCUACAAGACUGGGAAGAAGCUUGCUGUUGAUGGACUAACUGUGGACUUCUAUGAGAAUCAGAUCACAUCUUUUCUUGGCCACAAUGGAGCUGGAAAAACGACCACAAUGUCGAUUCUGACAGGACUAUUCCCGCCUACAUCCGGCACAGCCCUCAUCAAUGGAUACGACAUCCUCUCUAACAUGGACAGCAUCCGGAAAUAUUUGGGAAUGUGCCCACAGCACAAUGUCUUAUUCAAUGAGCUGACAGUGGAAGAACACAUCUACUUCUAUGCUCGACUGAAGGGACUCAGCCGUGAUGAGGUGAAAAAUGAGAUGGACCAGAUGAUUAAGGAUGUUGGUUUACCACACAAACGGAAGGAUCUUGCUAAGAACCUGUCAGGUGGCAUGCAGAGGAAGCUGUCUGUGGCCAUAGCAUUUGUUGGAGGCUCAAAAAUUGUCAUCCUAGAUGAACCCACAGCAGGAGUCGACCCCUAUGCCCGCAGGGGGAUCUGGGAACUGUUGUUAAAGUACAAACAAGGUCGCACCAUCAUUUUGUCUACACACCACAUGGAUGAGGCAGACAUUUUAGGCGAUCGCAUUGCCAUCAUCUCCCAUGGCAAGAUGCGUUGCUGUGGCUCCUCGCUCUUCCUGAAGAAAUGUUUUGGAAGUGGCUACUACCUAACUCUGGUUCGAGAUGGGUCUGAAAAGAUGACAGCUCAGCGUAAUGGGAUUAUACACAGUCAGGCCACUGAGGAGAAAGACUCUCAUUGGAGGAGCAGCCCAGAUCAAGGCAUUGGCAGCCAAAGCUGGGACAGCUCAGAUCCCACAGACUUGACAGCUGUGGAUAAGCUUGUGCAGCGUCAUGUCCCGGGGGCAGUCUUCUUGGAGAGCAUUGGUCAAGAGAUCACCUACAUACUGCCCUACAGUGGAGCCAGAGAUGGGACCUUUGCUCGGCUCUUCCAAGAGCUCGACCUGGCCUUGGCUGACCUUGGACUGACCAGCUACGGCAUCUCUGACACCACACUGGAAGAGAUAUUUCUUAAAGUGGCAGAAGAAACUGGAGUGGAUGCCGAAAUAAAAACAACAGAGGAGCUGUUUUUGAGCGACUGCAAAAGGAGCUCCCACAAAUCCAAGAGGAACAGCAUCUCCAGCAUGUACACAUCAGAGCAAGUGUCAGGAAUGAGUGAAUUAAAGGAAAGAUUUACAUGUCAAGUAGAAGACAUAAAGAGAACCACCAGUGUCAAUGGGAAGGGAUCCAUGGUCAUCACUGGUUGGGAGCUGAUCAGGAGGCAGUUCCUCGCGCUCUUUAUCAAGCGUUUCCACCACGCCCGCCGCAGCCGCAAGGGACUCAUUGCCCAGGUGAUCCUGCCCCCUGUGUUUGUGUGCCUGUCCCUGAUCUUCUCACUCAUCAUCCCACCCUUCGCUGAAUAUCCCAGUUUGGAGCUGCAGCCCUGGAUGUAUGGAUUGCCGCAAACCACAUUUUACAGCAAUGAUGGGCCAGAUAACCUGGAGGUGUCUCAGGUGGUGGAAUCCUUGGUGAACAAUCCUGGCUUUGGGACUCGCUGCAUGAACGGAGACCCUAUACCGAAUUUGCCAUGUUCUUCCAGUGGGUCUGACUGGUUAACUCCACCGGUAGAUGAGUCAGUGUCCGACAUCUUCCUCAAUGGAAACUGGAGCAUGUCUAACCCCUCCCCCUCCUGUCAGUGCAGCACACCUAAACGGAACAUCAUGUUGCCGGACUGUCCACCUGGAGCAGGAGGACUCCCUCCACCUCAGCGGAUCCAGAACACAACUGACACAUUGCUGGAUUUAACUGGACGGAACAUGACAGACUUCUUGGUCAAGACUUAUGAGGACUUGGGUAAAACAAGAUAUGGGGGUUUUUCUGUUGGAGGAGUCAACUCCCAAGUCCGUCUGACUGAAGAAGAGAUUGAGGCUGCAUUUGUGGAUCUGAAAGACAUAUUAAGUUCAUUUCAGGAUAAUGUCACUGAUCAGCUUUUACAGAAGUCUGAGACGCUGCUGAAGAAGCUGGGAACCAGGAACAACGUCAAGGUGUGGUUCUACAACCAGGCAUGGCACGCCGUGGUGUCUUUCCUCAGUGUGGCCAACAAUGCCAUCCUGAGGGGAAAUCUGCCAGCAGGCAAGAAUCCCCGCCAGUUCGGCAUUUCUGUGUCCAAUCACCCCCUCAACCUCACCAGAGAGCAACUCUCCUUCAUGGCCUUGGCCUCAUCCUUCACAGACGUGGUCGUGUCCAUCUGCGUUAUCUUCGCCAUGUCCUUCAUCCCUGCCAGCUUUGUCCUCUUCCUCAUCCAAGAGCGGGUGACCAAAGCCAAGCAUCUGCAAUUUGUCAGUGGAGUAAACCCCACUAUUUACUGGCUGGCCAAUUUUGCCUGGGACAUGUGUAACUACAUCAUCCCUUGUUUGAUUGUGAUUGUGAUCUUCCUCGCCUUUCAACAAAAAGCCUAUGUUUCCCCUCCUAACCUGCCUGCACUGAUUCUGCUGCUUAUCCUCUAUGGGUGGUCCAUCACCCCCAUGAUGUAUCCGGCCUCCUUCAUCUUCAGUGUUCCCAGCACAGCUUACGUGGUUCUGACCUGCAUUAACCUCUUCAUUGGUAUUAACGGGAGCAUCGCCACCUUUUUUAUGGAGCUCUUUGAUGAUGAUAAUAUUUCUCGCAUCAAUGACAUAGUGAAGCAGGUGCUGCUCAUUUUCCCACAUUUCUGUCUGGGCAGAGGGCUAAUUGACAUGGCCAAGAACCAGGCAAUGGCCACACUCUUCAGCAGUUUUGGUGAAGACCGUUUUGAGGAUCCACUCAGUUGGGACAUGGUGGGAAAGAAUCUUUGUGCGAUGUCCAUCCAGGGAGUAGUGAUGUUCGCGAUCACAUUCCUUAUCCAGUACAAGUUCUUCUGUAAACCAAGGCUAACUUCAGGGAAAUCAUUACCUGCAGACGAGGAGGAGGAUCUCGAUGUUGCUCAGGAACGUGAUCGAGUGUAUGGAGGCAAAGCCCAGAAUGACCUUCUGAGGAUGUGGGACCUCACUAAGGUGUACCCUCGGAAGAGCACCCCCGCUGUGGACAGGAUAUGUGUGGGCGUGCCUGCUGCAGAGUGUUUCGGCUUGCUGGGAAUCAAUGGAGCUGGGAAAACCACCACAUUCAAGAUGCUGACAGGGGAUAUCCCAGUCUCCAGUGGAGAGGCCUUCCUAAAUGGAUACAGCAUACGAACAGAAAUGAGGGAUGUGCACCAGAAUAUGGGCUAUUGUCCACAGUUUGAUGCGAUCGAUGACCUGCUCACUGGACGAGAACAUCUGGAGUUAUACGCCAGGUUGCGGGGAGUACCAGAACAUGAGGUCGCCAUGGUGGCUGAGUGGGGGAUCCAGAAGUUGGGGCUGAUCAAAUAUUCCAACAAGUCAGCAGGAACCUACAGCGGUGGGAACAAACGAAAACUUUCUACUGCUAUAGCCCUGAUUGGUUGUCCUCCAGUGAUCUUCCUGGAUGAGCCAACGACUGGGAUGGACCCCAAAGCCCGGCGCUUCUUGUGGGACUGCAUCCUAAGUAUCAUCAAAGAGGGACGCUCGGUCAUUCUCACGUCGCACAGCAUGGAGGAGUGUGAGGCACUGUGCACACGAAUGGCCAUCAUGGUCAAUGGUCGCUUCAAGUGUCUCGGAAGCAUCCAACAUCUAAAGAGCAGAUUCGGGGAUGGCUACACGCUGAUAGUGAGGGUUGGUGGUUCUCCUCCGGCCUUGAAGCUCGUCGAGGACUUUGUCCAGCAGACCUUCGCAGGCAGUGUCCUGAAGGAAAAGCAUCACAACACGCUGCAGUAUCAGCUGCCAUAUGCAGAGGGAGCUUUGGCCACCAUCUUCAGCCAGCUCACCAGCCACCAGCAGAGGCUUGGUGUGGAGGAUUAUUCUGUGUCACAGACCACUCUGGAUCAGGUCUUUGUGAAUUUUGCGAGGCACCAGCACACAGAAGAAGAGUCUCAGGGCUACAACAACCCAGUGGACAUUUCAGAUGAGCUUCCUGUGCCACCUUCCAUGGGGGAAGAGAAGGUGUAAAGUCCACACCUACAGUAGCCUGCAAUCUAUUGUAAUCAAAAGUGAAUGUAGGUGAUUUUUCUCUGCAAAGAUGCAGCCCUAAUUAAUACACUUAACAUAGGCACGACCUAGUGUUUGUGAUAUACACUUUGCACUGUUUGUGCAAGGUGUCUGUCUGUGUGUGUGUGU